CGCGGGCGCCACCGCGGACGUGCCACGCGGGUGGCCCGCGCUCUUCGGCAGCACCGGUGGAACUCCCCUCGGCCUGGGCGUGCCAAGACUUGUAGCUGUUGGGCGGUGCUCUCAGCUGCCCAGAUGUCAAACAGUUGUUGCUUUUUGGCAUACGAGAUGCAAUUAGACAAUAUCGGUUCUCAGCUUUUUGGCGAGGACGCUUGUGCCGCCUCGGGAGUCCUAGAUGACAAACGGCGGUUCGGUUGUGGGGUUUAAUCCAUGCAGACUUCAGCUUUUGUUUCUAAUUCCUGAAGCUCGUGGCAGUUUUGACACUGGUUAUCUGAGCCCAGGACUGUCUGUUUCUGUGUGUUUUGCAUGAUCUUGGACUGGCACCCUACCGUACCCAAACAUUAAAAAGCCUGUCUUUCCGUUGAAGAGGAAGGGGUUAAAAUGAACGAAGACCCGAAGGUCAAUUUAAGCGGGCUGCCUCGGGAUUGUAUAGAUGCCAGUGCUCCGGAGAACAUAUCAGCCGCUGUCCCCUCCCAGGGCCCUGUGGCGGAGUCAGAACCCGAGCUCGUUGUCAACCCCUGGGACAUUGUCUUGUGCAGCUCAGGAACCCUCAUCUGCUGUGAAAAUGCCGUUGUGGUCCUUAUCAUCUUCCACAGCCCCAGCCUGCGAGCACCCAUGUUUUUGCUGAUAGGCAGCCUGGCUCUGGCAGACUUGCUGGCUGGCCUGGGACUCAUCAUCAAUUUUAUUUUUGCAUACCUGCUUCAGUCAGAAGCCACCAAGCUGGUCACAAUUGGACUCAUUGUCGCCUCUUUCUCUGCCUCUGUCUGCAGUUUGCUGGCUAUCACUGUGGACCGCUACCUCUCGCUGUAUUAUGCCCUGACGUACCACUCCGAGAGGACCGUCACAUUUACCUAUGUCAUGCUGGUUAUGCUCUGGGGGACCUCCAUCUGCCUGGGGCUGCUGCCUGUCAUGGGCUGGAACUGCCUGAGGGACGAGUCCACCUGCAGCGUGGUCAGACCUCUCACUAAGAACAACGCUGCGAUCCUCUCCAUCUCUUUCCUCUUUAUGUUUGCACUGAUGCUUCAGCUCUACAUCCAGAUCUGUAAGAUUGUGAUGAGGCAUGCCCACCAGAUAGCCCUGCAGCACCACUUCCUGGCCACGUCGCACUACGUGACUACUCGGAAAGGGGUCUCAACCCUGGCUCUUAUCCUGGGGACCUUUGCUGCCUGUUGGAUGCCUUUCACUCUCUACUCCUUGAUCGCGGAUUACACCUACCCCUCCAUCUAUACCUAUGCCACCCUCCUGCCCGCCACCUACAAUUCCAUCAUCAACCCUGUUAUAUAUGCUUUCAGAAACCAAGAGAUCCAGAAAGCCCUCUGCCUCAUUUGCUGCGGGUGCAUCCCUUCCACGCUGUCCCAGAGAGCACGGUCUCCCAGCGACGUGUAGGAGCCUUCCACCCGCAGGACACUGCUCUACCAAGCACCCCCACUGUCCAGGACAGCCAGUGCGUUCCUCUGCUUCAAUUCUUUGCACUGGAUUCUCACAAGCAGAAGUGAUGACAUCAGUCAGAUAGGCGAUGACAGUGGAAAUCAUGUCACCAGUGUUAAAAAAAAAAAUGACUUCUCUGCUCAGCAUUAUGUUGCUUGGUUUGGAAGUUACGUUUAUUAUUAUUUUUAAAAUAUUUUAUUUAACAAGUUUUGUUUGUUUGGAGGGUGUAGUGAGGUCCCAUGUGGCCAUGAUAUUAUGCACAAGUCCCAGGAUUUUUAACCUAGACUUGAAAAUAAAUCAGAGUUUUUUAGGAACCUGGAGAAGGGAUUACUUUUUUUGGACUUUUUUUCUUAAAAAAAAAUCAAGGUAGAUCUUCCAUUCUGUAUGUAUCUAACAGGAUACGAACUUUUUCAUUCACAUGACCAAAAUAGUUUACAUAAUUACGUUUGGAAAGACUUGUUUUCAGGAACAUGAACUCAGUAGUAAGUUAUAAAUAACAAAACCCCAAACAGCCACUGCUCAUGAGAAUUUCCUUGCAGUUUCUCUGUGUUACAGUUUGGUAUGCAUGGUUACUUGUGGUAGUUAGACCACUAAUUGCAACAUUGCCACGUGAAACCCAGAAUUAAAAGAGUCAUUUUUCAAAACAGUUUUAAUAGAUUCUUUCCAAAAUGAGUCUCAAAAAAACAUUUUGAAUUACAUGUGAGGUAGCUCUGACUAGAUAUGCCAUUGUAAUUUUUAAAACUUCAGUCUGGUGGUUUUCAGAAAACAAAAGAGAAAGCAUUAAUAGUAUCUAUUGAAAGUAGAUUAUAUUUAUUUUUAAUAUAUUCUGAAAAAUAAACGAGUCUGAUGCUGUUAAUAUAUAAACAUCACCUUUCAUCUUUGUCUAUGAAUAUAUUGUUUUUCUUGCUUAAAAUGGGUAGAAUUAAGUAUUAUAAGCCAAAUUUUUCUGGUUCAUAUUGUUGGUAGUGCAAAGUGCAUCUGAAGCAGGUGGUCUCCUGUCUUAAUGACCAGGUCUGUGAAAUGCCCAGCUAACAUGACUGGUGUGUGCCAUCUGUGAUCUGUGUCCUGCGGGCUCAUGAGGACAAUGACCAUGUGUUUGCUGAUGGAAAGUUUAACUUAUUUUCACCAAAAGAUACUGUGAAUGCAACAAGGGCUCUGUUACCUGUUUUCAGAGAGAAAAUUAUUACAAGAAUGGACUUGAAACGCUCAACAAGGUCUGAAUGUCAAUGUGCCUGAAUGUCAUUUUCCAUGAGAGCAGACAGAUGCAGACACAGGCACCAUCCCUCUGUUUGUAAUGGGCUCAUUGCUAUGUCUCUACAGGAAGUGUAAGAAUUCCUGGAUGGUGCGUCAAGACCAGUAUCCUUGGGGGAAUCAUUUGUAAUGGGUCCCCCUCAAAGAUGCAAACACAGACACCAUCCCUCUGUUUGUAAUGGGCUCAUUGCUAUGUCUCUACAGGAAGUGUAAGAAUUCCUGGAUGGUGCGUCAAGACCAGUAUCCUUAGAGGGAUCAUUUGUAACGGGUCCCCCUCAAAGAUCUGUCCCAGUCAGUAUGCCCAUGGUAGUUUUAGGACCAGUCUACAAAGUCUGCAUGCCAAAGCCAAUCCUCCAAAGCUGCUUCUCAAGUUGCACAAGUGAGGAUAAAUCCUCUACCUGAAUCUGCAACUCCUCUUUGAGGCUCUUUGCAAAAGCACAUGAGGGAUGAAAGAGUCAAGAAGUGGAGAGGAAUUUUCAGUACUGUGUAUUCACACCCAAUCCAGAUGACAGCUUUAAAACAUCUCUUUGGAAUCUCUGAUAGGCUUGGUAGAAUGAACAAGUGGAGUCUGUCUAUUUAUUUACCUAAAUAUUUGAUUUAUUUUACUUACAUGUAGAUGCAUAUGUGUGCAUCUGUGUGUGCGCAAGUGGGUGCAGGUGCCCAGAGAGGCCAGGAAUAUCCAGCCGGCCUGGAGUUGGAGUUACAGAUGGUUGUGAGCCACAUGUAGAUGGUGGAAAAGAACCUGGGUCUUCUGCAAGAGCAGCCGGUGCUCUUAACCACUGAGCCAUCUCUCCAAUAAAUUAGUUUAGACGUUGGCAUGGGAACCUUCACAAUGAGUUCUUAAAGCGACAGACAAUGUUUCGUGGAAAUGGAAGCUCUCAUGUGUGUGUCUCUGGUAGGAAUUACAGGAGAGCAGUAUCUUCGCCUGGACGACGUGUGUUCUCAGCCCCACAUGUGGUGUCUUACCAGCUUUUUUAAAGAAACUGUGGCUGCGAAAACACGCUGGUGGUGAGAAAACUGCAGGUGCAGAAAGGGGCAAAGAAACAGAGCAAGGCUACAGAGCUGGAGUGGGGGGCUCGAACUGACGACAGGCUUUCCUCAGCGUAGAUUGGGUCCCUUCCCUGCAAAAUGUUGUCUUUGAUCCCUCACUCCACAGAAAGCUGCUCUUUAACAAGUCCCUGUCACAAAACCUGGGUUCUAGAAUUAAGAGAAAGCUUCCAAUUUAAGAUUACAUGGGGACCAAUAGCCACUGUGGGUAAAUGCUUUUGUACAUAGUGAGUUGUGUGAAACCGUUUUAUAAAAAUUUAUUAAGUGGUUGUUUAAAGGUUUUUGCAUUAAUUUGUAUAUGAGUGUAUGUGUACACGUGUAUGGGAGUGUGUGUGUGUAUGUGUGUGUAUAUGUGUGUACAUGCGUAUGCAUUUGUGUGUAUAUGUGUGUAUGUAUGUGCUUGUGUAUGUAUGUGUGUGUAUAUAUAUGUGUGUGUGUGUGUGUGUGUUUACCAUGGUACAGGUAUGGAAGUCAGAGGACAAUCUGAAAGUUAUUUCUCAGGUCUUUCUUUCUACAUGUGGGUUCUGGUAUUGAACUUGAGACAUUAGGCUUGGUGGUAGGUGCCUUUUACCUGCUGAGCCAUCUUACUAGCCCAGUGGUUGCUACUGACCCAUGUUUUUGAAAAAACAAAAAACCCUGAUUUUUUUUUACCUGAGAGGUUUUUCUUCACUCUUAUUUCCUACAAGAUUUUUCUAUAUUUUGAUAGGAAUGCCACUAAGAAAUGGGCACCUAUCUCAAUAUAUGUGUACAAGGCUAAAAGCAUAUAUUAGUCAUAUUUUGGGCCCCUUUAGGACAGCAGAGAACAAUUGCAAUUCCUACUUACCAAGUAAUUUAUAGUCUUGUCAGUAGUAAUAGUUGUAUCUGUGAGACAAUUUAAUUAUUUUACCAGACUCCUUCAUUAGUCCAGAGUAUUUACCCAGAUGGUGGCUGAGUUCUGUCUCAUUUUAUUUCUUGCCUUUCUUUAUUUCAGUCAAGUCCACUUGGUUUUCCAUCUUUUCUUUCCCCUUGCUGGGGUUGAAACUCAGCUCUUUGCUCCCGCUAGGCAAGUUCGCGGUCACUUAGCUACAUACCCAGCUCCUAUCAAGUUCGUUACUCCCUUCCUGGUAGCUGAGAUGGGGGCCACGGUCUUCCUCACUUAGAUGCCUAAAUCAAAGAACCAAGUUGGGGGCCAGAAACAGUCAUAGACUUCCCCAGGAUUUGGAGCAGGAUGGAAAGACGAUAGAGACAGGGGUCAGAGAUAUUUCAGACCCUAAAAAGCAGAACAGAGAUUCCUUAAAGUUAAAAAAAAAAAAAAAUACUCAUCGGUUACUAAAAUACUGGUUACCUUUGCUUCACAGUCUCAGGAAGCAUCCUGUGGAGGGGAGUAGACACCAUCCCACGCUGGAAGAGCACACUGCAUCAGGGACCACUCUGGUGUGAUUUUGAGCCAUGUUCACACUCAUUUCUACCACGGUGAUUCUCACAAGGUGGAUACUGGAACAUGCUGCUUUCUUGUCCUGUCUGAAAGCGGUAGUGCGUAUUGGGGUGGUUUUGGUGUUCACUUAGGACCUUUAGAUCUCUCUUGAACUUUUAGGAAUCAUUUAACUUGUGGCUGGAGAGAUGGCUCAGUAGUUAAGAGUACUGGCUGCUCUUCCAGAGGACCUGUGUUCGAUUCCCAGCACCCACAUGAUAGCUCAAUACUGUCUGUAACUCCAGUUCCAGGGAAUAGGAUGCCUUCACACAGAUAUACACGCAGGCAAAACAGCAACGCAUAUAAAAUAAAAAUAAAAUAAUAAAAAAAUCAUUCAAUUAAGGAUUUUUGUAAUAGUUUCAUACAUUGUAAUUAAAUUUGGAGACGUAUCUGCCUUCUUGAAAACAAUGAAGGAAAAGAUUAUAGUCACUUGCAUAAAGGUCUCUAGAAUGUUCUGUAUUUAAGAGCAUAUGAAUCCCUCAAAAACCUUGUUAAAAGUUCAGAUUCAGGCUCCUGGGUCCUGGGCAUGGCUGAGUGUCUCACUAACUCCUAAGGGACUCUGAUAUUGAGUGUCUGUAAGUAACACUUUGAAGUCUCACAAAAAAAAUGUCAAAUUUCCAACAUACGCAAAAUAUUAAUUAAUGUAAUACAUAAA